AUGACCGGCAACUUAACGCAAAUGGGCCCCCUCAACAUGACAGGCAACUUAACGCAGGUGCGCCCCCUCAACAUGACCGGCAACUUAACGCAGAUGCGCCCCCUCAACAUGACCGGCAACUUAACGCAGAUGGGUCCCCUCAACAUGACCGGCAACUUAACGCAGAUGCGCCCCCUCAACAUGACUGGCAACUUAACGCAGAUGCGCCCUCUCAACAUGACCGGCAACUUAACGCAAAUGGGCCCCCUCAACAUGACCGGCAACUUAACGCAGAUGCGCCCCCUCAACAUGACCGGCAACUUAACGCAGAUGGGUCCCCUCAACAUGACCGGCAACGUAACGCAGAUGCGCCCCCUCAACAUGACCGGCAACGUAACGCAGAUGCGCCCCCUCAACAUGACCGGCAACUUAACGCAAAUGGGCCCCCUCAACAUGACCGGCAACUUAACGCAGAUGCGCCCCCUCAACAUGACCGGCAACUUAACGCAAAUGGGCCCCCUCAACAUGACCGGCAACUUAACGCAGAUGCGCCCCCUCAACAUGACCGGCAACUUAACGCAAAUGGGCCCCCUCAACAUGACCGGCAACUUAACGCAGAUGCGCCCCCUCAACAUGACCGGCAACUUAACGCAGAUGCGCCCCCUCAACAUGACCGGCAACUUAACGCAAAUGGGCCCCCUCAACAUGACCGGCAACUUAACGCAGAUGCGCCCCCUCAACAUGACCGGCAACUUAACGCAAAUGGGCCCCCUCAACAUGACCGGCAACUUAACGCAGAUGCGCCCCCUCAACAUGACCGGCAACUUAACGCAGAUGCGCCCCCUCAACAUGACCGGCAACUUAACACAGAUGGGCCCCCUCAACAUGACCGGCAACUUAACGCAGAUGCGCCCCCUCAACAUGACCGGCAACUUAACGCAAAUGGGUCCCCUCAACAUGACCGGCAACUUAACGCAGAUGCGCCCCCUCAACAUGACCGGCAACUUAACGCAAAUGGGUCCCCUCAACAUGACCGGCAACUUAACGCAGAUGCGCCCCCUCAACAUGACCGGCAACUUAACGCAGAUGGGCCCCCUCAACAUGACUGGCAACUUAACGCAGAUGCGCCCCCUCAACAUGACCAGCAACUUAACGCAAAUGGGUCCUCUCAACAUGACCAGCAACCUGACCCUUAUAGGACCUAACAUCGUGACCAGCAACAACAUGUCACAAUUACAGAGUACGAUUAGCAGGGAUAACUGCAGGAUGGAUAGGGCAUGUUUCUCCGCUCCACCCACCUGUAAUCCAGCUGUAUCAAGUUCCUGCUUUUUUCUGUCCACGAGAGGAGUCAAUGGAAAUACAGACAACCUCACCUUUGAGCUCAGUGGAGAGACAGAUGGUUAUAUUGCAGUUGGCCUCUCUCGAGACAACAAGGGUAACGGUGACACCGUCUAUUCUUGUGCCAAUAUCAAUGGUGUAGUGAAGUUCAUCCGUGCCACACUGAACAAUAGCCGACUGACUCCGGAUAAUGCAUUCAGCCCUGGAAGUAUCCGUGGCUCUGUGAAUGGAAGAAAGAUUCAGUGCACUUUCACAGCUCUGGGUCUCGGCAGCACCACCACCCGUGUGGCAAACACAGGAGCUGUUCUCUUACUUUUUACAGGCAGCCUCUCAAAUGGUACUCUGAACUCUCCAGUCGGUAUACUGGCCACAAAUGGAUCAGUGGAUCCAACCAACCCAAACAGCACAGACAUUACAGUUAUUACAUCAUAUAAAAAUGCCACAGCAUCUAAUGCCACAGCAGCAUUAAACGCCACAGCAUCUAAUGCCACAACAGCAUCAAACGCCACAGCAUCUAAUGCCACAGCAGCAUCAAACACCACAGCUUCUAAUGCAACAGGAGCAUCAAAUGCCACAGCAUCUAAUUCCACAGCAGCAUCAAAUGCCACAGCUUCUAAUCAUCCCACAGCAUCAGCCACAGCAUCUAAUUCUACAGCAGCAUCAAAUGCCACAGCAUCUAAUUCCACAACAGCAUCAAAUGCCACAGCUUCUAAUGCAACAGGAGCAUCAAAUGCCACAGCAUCUAAUUCCACAGCAGCAUCAAACGCCACAGCUUCUAAUGCAACAGGAGCAUCAAAUGCCACAGCAUUUAAUUCCACAACAGCAUCAAAUGCCACAGCAUCUAAUUCUACAGCAGCAUCAAAUGCCACAGCAUCUAAUUCCACAACAGCAUCAAAUGCCACAACUUCUAACUCCACAGCAGCAUCAAACGCCACAGCAUCUAAUUCCACAACAGCAUCAAAUGCCACAGCUUCUAAUGCCACAGCAGCAUUAAACGCCACAGCUUCUAAUGCAACAGGAGCAUCAAAUGCCACAGCAUCUAAUUCCACAACAGCAUCAAAUGCCACAGCAUCUAAUUCCACAGCAGCAUCAAACGCCACAGCAUUUAAUGCCACAACAGCAUCAAAUGCCACAACUUCUAAUACCACAGCAGCAUUAAACGCCACAGCAUCUAAUGCCACAACAGCAUCAAAUGCCACAACUUCUAAUGCAACAGCAGCAUCAAACGCCACAGCAUCUAAUGCCACAGCAGCAUCAAAUGCCACAACUUCUAAUGCCACAGCAGCAUUAAACGCCACAGCAUCUAAUGCCACAACAGCAUCAAAUGCCACAACUUCUAAUACAACAGCAGCAUCAAAUGCCACAGCAUCUAAUGCCACAGCAGCAUCAAAUGCCACAGCUUCUAAUGCCACAGCAGCAUCAAAUGCCACAGCUUCUAAUGCCACAGCAGCAUCAAACGCCACAGCUUCUAAUGCCACAGCAACAUCAAAUGCCACAGCAUCUAACGCCACUGCACCAUCAAAUGCCUUAGCUUCUAUUGCCAGUGCAUCAUCAAAUGUUACCAUACCAGGCAGGGAUAACUGCAGGAAAGAUAGGGCAUGUUUCUCUGCUCCACCCACCUGUAAUCCAGCUGCACAAGGUUCCUGCUUUUUCCUCUCCACGAAAGGAGUAAACGGAAAUACAGACAACCUCACUUUUGAGCUCAGUGGAGAGUCAGAUGGUUACAUUGGAGUUGGCCUCUCUCGAGACAACAAGGAGGGUAAUGGUGCCACCGUCUAUUCUUGUGCCAACAACAAUGGUAAAGUGAAGUUCAUCCGGGCCACACUGAACAAUAGCAGAUUGACUCCAGAUAACACAUUUAGCCCUGGAAAUAUCAGUGGCUCAGUGAAUGGAAAAAAGAUUCAGUGUGUUUUCGUAGCCCCAGGUCUCGGUAGCACCACCACCCGUGCAGCAAACACUGGAGCUUACCUCCUCUUCCUAACAGGGAACUUUUCAAAUGGUACUCUGGAUUCUCCAGUUACUCGAUUGACUACAAAUGGGUCGGUGGAUCCAACCAACCCGAACAGCACAGACAUUACAGUGAUUACACCCAAUACAAAUACCACAGCAUCAAACGCUACAGCAUCUAAUGCCACAACAACAACAACAAAUGGCAAGGUUACCAAGGACAACUGUAAGAAGGAUCGGGCAUGUUUCUCCUCUCCUGUCAGCUGUAAUCCAUCAAACUCAAGUGGCUGCUUUUUCCUGUCUACAAGAUCAGUGAAUGGAAAUGCAGACAACCUCACUUUUGAGCUCAGCGGAGAUUCUGAUGGUUACAUCGCAGUCGGACUCUCUCGAGACAACAAAGAGGGUGAUGGUGACACUGUCUAUUCUUGUGCCAACAACAAUGGUACAGCGAAGUUCAUCCGGGCAACACUGAACAAUAGCAGACUGACUCCAGAUAACACAUUCAACGUGGGAAGUUUCAGUGGCUCUGUGAACAGCACAAAGAUUCAGUGCAUUUUCGUAGCUCCAGGUCUCAGCAGCGUAACCCGUGCAGCAAGCACAGGCACUUUUGUCUUCUUCUUCACAGGCAACUUUACAAAUGGCACUCUGGGGUCUCCAGUCACCCGACUGUCCACAAAUGCACCAGUUGAUCUAACCAAUCCUAACAGCACAAACGUUGUAAUAAAUACAUCCACUACAAAUGGGAAUACGACCACUGCUACAGCGAAUACAACCACUACUACAGUAAAACCUACAGGGGGGAGCCAUGCACUGCAGCAUGCUGCAUCUCAGGCUGCUCUGGUUAUCCUCUCAGGUAUCAUCACAGUCCUCCUGAUGUAAGGAGGCUGUUUGGCUGUGAUUUGCUGUCUGAAAUUGGUUGCUUGAUAAACCCAACACCAAAAUACAAUGGCCUCAAAAAGUACUCUGACAAGCAGAAAUGAUUGAAUGUCACUGCAUUACAGACAAAAUAUCAAACCAAGUGGAAUCUGCAAACAAAUGAUGUUAGACCUUCCUCAGAACUAACUUUAGUUCUGAGGAAGUAAUUGCAACUGGUUUGCAACUAAUUGCAACUAAAAAAAAAAAAUAGUCCAACUACAAAAAAGCAUCUAAAUUAGUCAAAAAUACUAUUAAACAUUAGUGAAUCAACCUGAAUACUUUACACCAACAAAGCUAAUUUUAAGGGUUAGAUCGUACAAAUUGCUUAUAAAGUUUACAUUUGCGGGUUACCACUUUUUACGGACAUUUCAGUAUUAAGUCGAUACUUUAAAAAAAAAGAUGUAACGAUACCAAUGUUUCUGCAGUACCAGUAAUACCGACUCAAUUUGGUCCCCCGCAUGCUGUCUGACUAACAGAUGGCUGCUUUCAAAUGCUCACAUGUUAAUUUGAGUGUGUGCUUUGUUACUGCUUUUACACGAAAUGGAAAUGAAUUAACCGAAUUAAAAUUGUGAUAUGCACUAGCGUGAUUAUUAAAACACAAAAGGAUGCAAUUUAAUUAAACAAAUAUACAGUUUGCAUGUGCUGCACACUUCAAAGUGAAUGUGUAAAGCUCCUCGUAUGCUGAAAACACCACAUUUCAUGAUCAUUGUGUGCUGUGCUUAUUGUAGUAGAUGACAGAAGAGAUCGCACAUUCUCUGUGAAGCGCGUAGCGCCUGCAGACUAUACAUUUAUAUAAUUAAAUCACAUCAUUUUGUGCAUUAAUUGUCACACUGGACAAUAUAACAAACAUCUCUACUGGAAGUAUGGAAGUACUGUCAAAACACAGAACUGGAAAAGCCUUCAUGUCAAAAUAAAAGCUUGAUUCAAAAUAAAAGCUUGACAUGUGAAAUUGAAGAGACAAAAAUAUAUUACUACUGUAUAUUAUAUGUAAUAUUUACUGAAAUAAUAAUAAUAAUUAUUAUUAUAAUUAUUAUUAUUAUUAUUAUAUUUAUGCAAUAUCUCACAAUGUUACAUUUGUAUUAAUUCAUUUGAUCAGACUCAAUUUUGAUGCUGGAAUUGAAUUAAACAUUAAAGCAUGGAACUGAAAACAGAAUUUGGGGGAAAACAAUGGAAUUUUGAAAAAAAUAAAUAAAACUGAUUUCAUAGGGUCAUACUUAAAAAAAAAACAAAAAAACUUGAAACUUAAUUAAGAAACUCUACAUUAAUACAUUUAACUUUGUUAAAUAGGCUUAAAGAGUGUGUUCAUUAGCAUAUUACCUAUAUCUUCGUGGUAUCGAAAGUAUCGAGAAUCAUUAAAUUUUACUUAUUGGAACCGACUACUGAAAUGUUUGUAUUUCGACAACUCUAGUAUAAUGUUCCCCUCAAGUUCACACAGAUGUUGUUCAGCACAUUAACUAAAAUUUGACAGCCAUAAAGUGGUUUUGCUGUGGUUUUUUGCCGUUGUUUCUCACGUCACACAAUCUUUUGAUGUGAAGUGUUUUUUGUGCUAUAUUUCUUUCAAAUUAGUGCAAAAAUUAAUGGUUUGAUAUUUGCUAUACAAUGCAAAGACAUUUAUACAAUUUUAAGUUUUUAUAUUUAAAAUGUGAAAACAUUUGAAGACAUUCAUACAUUUUUAAAUGUGGCUCAAGUGUCCAAAUACUAUACUUCUACAUAUUUAUAUUUGUGCAAUAUUGCAAUUCAGGAACUAUACUUCUACAUAUUUAUAUUUGUGCAAUAUUGCAAUUCAGGAAAAUGUGGAAGAGGGAAAUACUUGAAAUAUUUAAUUUGCAAUGGAGAGAGUGCAUUUGUGUGUGUGUGUGUGUGUGUGUGUGUGUGAGAGAGAGAGAGAGAGAGAGUUUGCAUGGUUUGUAAGUUAUUCUAUAAAUAUACAACUACUUAAAAUUAUGCUACUGAUGAGAGUUUGUAUAAUCAGUCUAUUAAUAUAACUGCGCAACAAGCAUGAGACUGGAAGUGGCUGAAGUACAAUACGUUUUUAAUAAAGUUUUAAAUAUAUUUAAUUUAUUUAGUAAAAGUUACUAUAAAUGCCUUGAUGGUUUGCCUUUUAAAAUUUUUUGUCAGUAAUGUUUAAA